AUGAUGGUGGGUUCGGCGCUGGCCAUCUCUUUUCUCGUCUACCGCCGGGGUGUGCACGGAUUUCGUUCGGCCGCUCAGGUGCCCGCGUCGUAUUUCGAACGCCGAAAAAGAGUGCGGGUUCGAAUAGCGCAGAUUUCCGAAGCACCUGCAGCGCCUCCAACCUUCGACGGUCCUCCGAAAGACGGCCGUGGUCGUAUCGACGCUGCCGGAGUAGAAAUCCUCACGGCCAGACCCAAGGGUACAGACGUGCUGCUGCACGCGGAGCACAUCACGCUCCCCCGGCGCCUCCUCCGCCUUCCGCCGCGGUCCCUUCUCCCGAGCGCUGGCGGCAGCGAUGCUGCCACCUUUACCCUGAGGCUUUGCGGGGUUUCGGCGGAAAGUGAAGGCGUUCUGCUUGCACGAAAGGAGCUGGUGAAGCCUCUGGUGGGGGUUUACUGUGAUGCCGAGCUUUUGUUUCGGGAGCAGAGGUCAGCGGCUUCUCCGAGCGCGACUUCUGGGGUGGGUUUCGGCAUCGGAGCGACCGAACAGGUUUCUGGGCCUGUAGCCGUAUGUCACAUCCACCGACGGAGGGGCGUGCUCUGGCGGGACAUGCUACAGUCUCGAAUCGACCCCAGGGCGGGGUUCGGAGAGUACAUUAUUUCCCAGGGCCUCGCGAGACUGCGCGAGGAACAGUGGUGGGCCGCGGCGGACUGCAAUGGCCUCAACCCUGCCUCGGCAGCAGUGGCAGCAGCAGUAAGACCAGCAACGUCUGCCGCGAGCGCUCAAACGCAUCGCCAUCGGACCGGCGCUGCAAGCACGGGUUGGGGCGGGGACGAUUCCGAGCAGCCUUUCCCCGCACUCAAACGCCUCCUGGAGGACCGCGAGAUAUUCGUUGCGGCUGAGGGAGACGCAAAGCGGGCGAGUAGAGGGCUUUGGGAUUUGCCGCAACGUGGGGAAGAGGGCGGUCGAAGAGACAGCCCAGCGGCGGGCAGGGCGAAGGGUUUGACCGAUGGGGUGGCGGGCAUUGCACGCGUAUUAACGGGUUUGUUUGGCCGGUGGCGAUGACGAGUCGUGAUAUCCUAGCCUGACCCCAAGGUGCUAAACAACUCGUGCGGAUCAUGCGCAUAUGCAUCGC